AUGGCUGGCACAGGACCCCCGGGGCACGGCAGGUGCCCGUUGCCCGCUCCGCCAGCGGCUGCAUUCCCCAAAAGCACACCAUCCCAUCGUGUCUGCUGCCUCCUGACCCCCGGCCCUUAUCUCAUCCCACAUCACCUUCCUGCGUUUCCUGGCCUCUCCCUGCCCCGGGCCAUCCCUGGGUCUCCGGAGCGAGCCGUGGCCACGCCCGAGCUGGCGCGGGUUACCAGCAGCCGCGGGGCUGGGACCGCUCGCCGCCGGGCCCGGGCUUCGCGCUCGUCCUGGCCGCUGGGGCCUCGGAGAGCGGCGGCAGGAGCGAGGCAUCACCCGAGCGCUGACAGGCGCCUCUCCGCCUUCCCCGCCCGGCGCAUUCGCCUUGCCACGUGCAGAACCCGGCAGGCGCGGACCGCCCGCGCCCUCGCGGUUGCCGUGGCUACGCACGAGCGGCCGCAGCUGACCCAGGCGGGGCCUCCCUCCGCCGCCUCCGCCUCGGGCUCCGUCCCCGCUCGGUUAGGGAACCCCAAGCCCCCGGCCCCUACAAGCUGUGCACACCUGCAGCAGACCCGUUUCUGCAAAGCUUCUGAAGAAAAGAAAACAACUUCAAAGCGCUUGGAAAAGUUGUUGAAUAGGAAAGCUGGCUGUCCUGGAAAUCCCGGCUACUGCUCUGUAACACAAGGCACCUCACCUGUCUCUGCUCAGGCACACAGGUGCUGGGACAGGGAAGAAGAGGAGUUCCAGGCACAUGAGCUGGGAGUGCCAAAGAACAGACACACAGCUGGCACUGAAGGGAGGAGCCAGCUAACAUCUAAGACCAACAGCCCUUCAAACGGCCCUUCAGACUGUGCUGUGGAAGCCAGGGCAGCACCUCCAGACCAUCUAUCCCCACUUCCAAGUUCUGCAAGACAAGUUGUUGUGAUCGUCAAGUUCUGGAAGACUAACUGUCGUGGUCUUGUCUCCAGGGCAUCAUCGCCUUAUGACUGUGGAGAAUGUGUUGAGACUAUUUGCAGAAAGGAUUGUCCAAUGCCAGACAAAAUGGAUUUGAAAAAUGCCUGGUGCAGUGGGGAAAAAGGAUAGCCCUGGGCAUCCACUGAAAACUGUGAUAAAGAAGGAGCUGGGAGCUUCUUGAGUGAGAUGUUGCGAAAAGGAUGAAGAGAGAUAAGCAGGGAAGAACUGGAGUAGGCUUCUGUCCCGCUGUCCACCAGGACGUUUGGUACCAAGGUUGUCAUGGCCCAACAGAAGCAGCUGUGAAGCAGAACCCCUUGGAAGAUAAAUUAGACGCUGUCGGGCCAGGCCCUGUUGCAAAUGACCCCUGCACUGAGUCUGCUUCCUGGCAAACACCUGGACUACCUCCGGCGUGUUUGCCAGAGGGCUGCGCUGAGCUUAUGCUCAGAAAAGUUUACGAAAACCUUAGAAAAACUGUUAAAAAUGGGUCAAGGUUGUGGCAAGGGGGGUUAAACUGAUGCUUGUGACACAGGCAUCCCAUAUUGGAGCACUGGUUCAAGCAGUAGAGGAUCCAAGUGCUUGGGUUUCUGUACCCACGUGGGAGACCCAGCUGAAGUCCCAGGCUCCUCGCUUCGUCUGGACCAACCCUGGCUAUUGCAGCCAUUUGGGGGAGUGAACCAAUGGAUGGAAGAUCUCUUUCUGUCUCUUUCUCUCUCUCAGUCUUCCUUUUAUCAAUAAAAUAAAUCUUUUUAUAAAUCUAAUGACAGAAUGAUGAAGGGAAAAUUUCUCACAUGAUAUCUUGUUUGUAGAGAAAUUUAUUUUCAUAGCAAUCAAGUUAAAAGAUGAUAACAGAUGUUUAAAAGAACUAAAGAUUUUUGACAGCUUUAGAAAGUAAUGAGAUAAAUGUUUGAUCACUUUGAGAAUUCCUUGUAGAAUUUGCAGCUUGGCAAAACAAAGCAGAAAACGGGAGGAAGGCGGGGAAAGUCCUCUUGCACAGGUCCCUAUGGGAUCUGCCUGGGCAGAGGCCCUCUCACCCGGCCUCAGGGUUGCAGACACACUCUGAUUUCUAAGGAAUUUUUCAGCUGCCUGGGGAGUGAGAUGAGUUUUUGCAGAAGCUGCCACAGGUGUGUAUGUCAUUAACCCUGGCAGUAUCUUUAGACAGACAGGCCUGAUUACCCCAGUGCUAGUCAGGAGCAACUUGGGACCUAUUAUGUUGUGGUGGGUAGGAUUAUUUUCCCUUUCUAGAAAAACUCCCUAUAUGGGAUUAUCAAAGCUCUGGUACUGUUAGGGAACCACAUACAAAAAUAUGUAUCUCUAUAUAUGCACACAUUGUUUUCAUUCUAAAUUUGUUUAUUAGGAAGUCUUCUGGAUAUACAAAAAAUAUUCCUGUCUAGCAGAAUUUCAGUGGGUGAGAUUGGGAAUUUAUAAAGCAAUGAUUGGCUGCCUCUGUCUUAUUCAUCAUUUAAAAACCCAAUCUUUCAAAUACCACAUCUGAAAGUGCUAAUGAGUAGACAUUAUUAAGAAAAGAUAAUUGUGCCUGCUAAUGCCACCAUGUAACUUAGCGUCACAGUUUUAUGGCUACUUCUUAGAAGGAGAAGAAAGGUGGUGAUUAAAAGAGGAUUUAUGUUUAAGGGGAAAAUGUUUUGAUGUUUGGUAUUUUUGAUGGAAGACAUCUGCGCAGAAAUCCACUGAGGACAGGGAGGCAGGUGAGAGCGCAAGGUGCCUGGGAUGGGAGUAAGAAACAGUUACUGGUGCCAGUGGGGAAUAUUUCAGAAGAAGUAGAUGUUGAAGCAGAGUGGAGGAAUUAUCCUGGAGGAGACACUUUGACUUGUGUGCUACAGGAGGAAAGUGGGGACUACGUCGGCGCAAUUCAAUGUGAAAUAUCUGUUUUCUAUGAGAGCAGAAAAGCAAUACCCUGGCAGGUCUGAGGGAAUGUGGGCUGAGAAGCCACCUAGAUGUCCUUCAGUGGGUGAAUGGCUGAGUAAACUGUGGUAUAGUCGUACAGUGGAAGAUUAUUCAGCACUAAAAAGAAAUAAGCUAUCAAGCCAUGGAAACACAUGGAGGAAACUUAAAUUAGCAUUGCUAAGCUAAAGCAGCCGAUCUAAAACGGGUAAAUACUGGGUGAUUUCAACUCUAUGGCAUUCCGGAAAAUUAUGGACUCUGGGUGACAAUGAUGUGUCAACAUAGGUUACCAGUUGUCUUAAGGGUACCACUGUAGCGGGGCCUGAUGACGAGGGGGAGGCUAUCAUGAGUGGGGACAAGGGAGGAAAUAGGGUUCUUUGUACCUUCCUCUCAAGUUUGCUGUUAACCUAAAACUGCUUUAAAAUAACAGUAACAGAGAAAACUAUGAGCAAUGUGAUAAAAGGGGCACUUUACCACUGUGAUCUUUAUCCUGAAAACAUGUAUCCCCAGUCCAGAAAAUAACUGACCAAUAAUCUUGAAAACCGUCAAGGUGAUUGAAAGCAAGGGAAAGCUGAAACAGUGUCACAGGAAAGUAGACAUGGCCAUUAAUCAUAGAGUAGUGUGAUAGAUGGGAUUCUGAAACAGAAAAAAAAGGUGUUAGAUAAAAAGUAAGGAAGUCUGAAUAACGAAUGGCCGUUAUUACUACCAGCAUAACAAUAUUGAGUCAUUAAUCAUAACUAUUAUAAUUUAAAUUAAAAAUUUUAUUUUACUUUUUUAAAAGAUUUGUUUAUAUGAAAGGCAGAGUUACAGAGAGAGGAGAGAAAGAGAGCGAGUAAGAGAGAGAGAUUUUGAUCUUCCAUCUUCCGGUUCGUUCUCCAGAUGGCCACAAUGCCAGGGAUGGGCCAGACUUAAGUAAGGAACCUGGAACUCCAUCUGGGUUGCCCACUUGGGUGGCAGAGGCCCAAAUACUUGGGUCAUCUUUUGCUACUUUCCCUGGGCACAUUAGCAGGGAGCUGGAUCAGAAGUAGAGCAGCAUGCAUGUGGGAUGAAGGCAUCACAGACAACAUCUUAACCUGCUGUGCCACAGCACUGGCCCCAGUAUUAACCGUAAUAAAAGACCUCUUCAAGUCUAUGAUCCCCAUCCUCUGCCCUACCCUUGAAUAUAUCACUCCUUCUUAAUCAGGUUAUCUUGAAAAAUAAGUGAGCAUAUGUGUGUCAUAGGUGGCUUUAGUCAGAACCCUGACACAUGUAGCCGAAAGAAAUGAAAGUCACAUGUAAUUGUUUUCCAUUAGAUCCUUAGGAUUUGUAACUCUCUUCUCUCUGCUGUGAAAAACAAAUUCCCUCCAAAACAAUACUCAAUAGAAAUAACAGGUGUAAAUAGUUCAAGAGUGAAUUCUCCAGGGGGUUAUGUAAAGAUCUUAGAUUGAUUCAGUUGGUUUGAAGGCCUACUGACCUUGGUUAACUGCCUCUCAGAGUUUUGCUAAUUUUUUUUUUUUACAAAACUUAUAUUAUUGAAUAUAAAGCUGGAGACCAAAGUAAUUUUAGAGGAUUGUGACCUUGUGAUUUAAUGAUUAUUGUCACAUGUACUUGCUUCUCAUAUGUGAUCCAGAUACCCCUUGAACUUUGACCUCAGACAAGUGGGGUGCUCCUUCUGUGUAAGCGCAGGGUAGAAAAGGCCUUGUUUGCAAUGACACGUUCUAGUUUAGGUAGUAUUUGUUGUGGCAAUUAUGUCAUAUCGCCCAGUGCCUCACUUUGUGAUUUUAUCUUCACCUUAAGAUGUAAAUGACUAACAGGCACCUAGGAAGCACAAGUUUUAGGUGUUGCUGAGUGUUUCAAUGUUAAUACAAUAUUGAUGGCUUAGAAAAUAUAUAUAAUCCAACUAAAGCUUGAGUAGGCCAAAGCAUCCAUAUUUUAAAAUUGGCAAUAAGCUUUCUUUGAUAGAGCAAUUCUGGGUUCACAGAAAAAUUGAGCAGAAUGUGUACAGAUCUCUCAUGUACCCCUCCCCAUGCAUACAGACUAUUCUACAGUCAAAACUCUGCAUCACAGUCAUGCAUUUGUUUAAAGUGAACCUGCACUGACAUGUCAUUAUGAAGUCUGUAGUUUAUAUUUGGGUUCUUUGUUUCUGCUGUCCAUUUUCUGAGACUUGACAAAUAUAGAAUGACAUUAUCCACUAUUAACAGUAUCACACAGAAUUGUCUCACUGCCCAAAGAAUCCUCUGUGUACCACGUAUUCAUCUCUUCCUUCCUCCUAAUCCUUGAUAAAUCCUGAUCUUUUAAAUAUCUCCGUAGUUUUAUCUUUUCCAGAAUGUCAAAUAGUUGGAAUAAUACAGUAGUAGCCUUUUCAUAGUAGUUUAUUUGACUUAGUAAAGUUCAUUUAAGCUUCUUCCAUGUCUUCUCACGGCUUCAUAGGAUUAAUUUUUCUAAAUACUUUGAGUGAAAAAAUGUAAUAUGAGAGACAAGGUAAAAGAAUGCAAUUUCAACUCUUACCCAAGAACACCCCCAUGCUUCUUGCUACUUUAAAUAUAGUUCACAAAGCAAGAGCCAGUGCCAAGUACUAUGAAGCUUGAAGGCAGAUCAGGUCAUGGUCGUUUUUGUUUACUUGGCAAGUGAAUUAGACAGUGUAACCGUUGGAAACAGAAGCUUGUGUGUAAAUCAAUCUCUGCCAUGGAAGUGGAUUCCCAUUGUGCUCUCUAUUUCCGUUGAGGACAUCAGCAGUCACCCACAUCAGACACCUAGAAGUCACCUUUGACUCUUCCCUCUCUUCUUCCACACCAAAUGGUCACUAAAUCCUGCCUCUUCUAUUAUGUACGAUUCUAACAUGUCACCUUCUCUGUGGCCCAUCUGCUUCUCCUCCAGUUCAAUUUCUCUUCUGCUCUCAUGAAGAACACAAUUCCCAUGGCCCAACUGUUCCUCCUGUUUGAAGUGCCUUGCCCUUUCUAUAUUUGAGAUUACUUUUAAGGUUAGCAAGUUAAAACCAAAGCCAAUGCUGCCACUAACUUGAAGAAAGCAGUCAAAUGUUUAGCAUGAUGUGCAGUGUCCUCCGUGGUUUGGCUCUUAGGUUCUUCCUUGUUUCACAUUCAACUUUUAUCUGCACACAAACACACCAAAUUGUCUACAGUUCUUAAGCUAUUCAAAGGUCCUUCCAUGCCUCUGACUGUAUACUUGAUGUUUAUUUUUACAAUACAAACUGCAUUUCCUUUAUUCACUUAGUGAACUCUUGUUUAUCUAGUAUACGUUCAUUCAGUUCAUCAACAAAUACAGAAAACUUGAUCUUUGGCAACCACUGCUCUUGUUCUGAGACUGUCAAGAUUAGGAAGAUAGACCAAGAUGGAAAAAUGAAAUUCAUCAUGUUUGUAUUCUAAUGUAGGAGACAUAAAACAAAUAAUAGAGUAAAAGUCAUGUAAUUAUGCAGUUUCAUACAGUGUUCAUAAACAAAGGCACUGAGUUCUGUGAUAGGGAGUAUCUGUGGGCAUCUGGAGGACCACAUUUGAUAAUAUGGUGGGGGAAAAUGUUAUUGUUGACUGAGCUUUCAACUGCAUGAUGAGAAAAUGUAGUCAUGCAGAAGCAAGGGACACACUAUGCAGGCAGACAAGUGUGGAAAGAGCUGAAGCACACAGGCUGUGGUGGCAGGGGGCCUCUGGCUCAUACUGGGAAGCCAAGACAGGCUGGUGUGACUGCGUUCAGUGACUGCAAGGAAGUGGGAAGGGAGGACGAUGUGAAGGGAACCAAGAGACAGAUCACACAAAGUCUUGUGGGCCAAGGGCACAUGAAAGUCAGCAAUAGGAUCUGACACACACGUUGGUGGAUAUUACAUUGCUGUGUGGGGAAUUCCCGGGAGGCAGGAAGAACAGGAAUGAAGAAAUCAUUUUGAAAGUUUUGAAAGUGGUCUAAGCAAGAAUGGAAAUGGCUGGAGCUAAGCUAGUAGGAGCCAUGAGAGAAUGAUGUAGAUGCAAAAUGCAUUACAAAGGUAGGUCCUACAAAUCCUGUUGGUGUUAGGAGGGAAGGAAAUAAGAGAGGAAGGACAUGGUUGCCACAGAAGGAUUAAAACUAAAACAACUCUCAGUUUCCUGGGCAUGGUAAACAGGGGACCAUAACAUCAUUUAUGAAAAUGAGGAAGGGGGGUGGCAAUCAACUUGAUCUCUAAUCAAGAGCAUUGUUUGGGACAAUUAAACUUCUAGCGUCUCUUAAGUUAUCCUUCUCAAAGCACAGGAGGAGGAGUUAGUUACAUACAUUCGGAUCUCUCAAGUGAGGUCCAAGUCAGAGAAGUACAAUUGUAGGAUACCAGCCUGUAGCUGUGAUUUAAAGCAGUGGGAAAGGAAUCAUCUCCCAGGUAGGGAAUAUGAACAGGCAGGAGGUUGAGACGGUACUUGAGCUCCAGUGUCUACCCUUUGAGUAAAGGAACUUGAGACAGCAAAUGAGCAUCCUGAGUCGUGGGAGGCAGAAGAGAAUCUCGAAGGAGCAGAGAGUCACUUUGUGUCUAGUGGGAGGAUGUCCAAGUAAUGCCAUUCAGCUUUGCCAGUGUGGGGGUCAUUGGAGGCUGUGACCCCAGUGAGGUUAAGGAGAUGGAAGCUAGACUGACCUGUGUUUAAAAAAAAAUGAAAAGUUGUCAAACAUGCCCCAGAGUGAAUGCGAAGUUGUUCAAUGGAGUCGAGAUAUAUAAACAAAUUUAAGAGAAUUUCUUUUGGGGCAAUAUUUGGAUGAUAUACAGUUAUAAAGGAAAGCUUAGACUUCCACACUUAGAGCUAUAGUGAAUGCUGAUGGCAGCACCUUAUUAGGAAGGGUUUAUGUGAUGAUACAGGGAAAUGCUUGAUUGAAUAUCUCUCUCCAGAGGUUUAUACAAGGAGUCUGAGAUAAAAGUAUAUG